UCCCAACCUUUUGGCUGUUAAAUUAUCAAAUCAAUUUAAAAUUUUUAUACUGUUCUUCCAAAUUUCCAGGAGAAUCAAAAGAGUGGAGAUGCUUGUACGAACUCAGAGUCACUAGCGACAAACCAGCAUUGUCCCAUUUCUCCGUUCUUUACUUCUCCCGCCCUUUCGUCAACGCGACACUCUCUCUCCAAAUCACUUCUUCUUCCUUGUAAAAUCCCAGAAACAAAGCAAUUCUCGGACCCAGAAACCAAAAAAUGGAGAAUACCCAAGAUUUUGCUCUGGCUGAGAUGAAGAAAUCAGUGCAAAAGCUUGGAUCUUCCACUGAGUUUGGAGACCCAACUCUCAUGAGGUUCUUGAUUGCGAGAUCAAUGGACCCGGACAAAGCAGCAAAGAUGUUUGUUCAGUGGCACAAAUGGAGGGCUUCGUUUGUUCCGAAUGGAUUCGUUUCAGAUGGCGAAGUGAAGGAUCAAUUGGCAGACAGAAAGAUCUUCUUGCAGGGUUUGUCCAAGGACGGGUACCCUGUGAUGGUUGUGAAGGCAAGCAAGCAUUGUCCUUCCAAGGACCAGCUCCAAUUCAAGAAAUUCGUGGUUCAUCUGCUUGACAAAACAAUUGCAAGCUCUUUCAGGGGAAAAGAAAUUGGAAACGAAAAGAUGAUCGUCAUUCUUGAUUUGCAACAACUUUCAUACAAAAAUGUUGAUGCGCGAGGGUUUAUCACCGGAUUUCAAUUUCUGCAGUCUUACUACCCCGAGCGAUUAGCGAAGUUGUUCAUCUUAAGCAUGCCAUGGUUUUUCGUAAGUGUCUGGAGGAUGAUUUCUCGCUUCCUCGAGAAGGCAACGCAAGAGAAGAUUGUGAUUGUGAGCAAUGAGGAAGGAACAAAAAACUUCAGAAAGGAAAUCGGCGAAGAAACCUUGCCAGAAGAGUAUGGCGGACGAGCAAAGCUUGUACUUCUCCAAGAUGUUGUACUGGCACCGGUGGAGGAUUGAUUCUACAGCUGCAUCAAGAUUGAGGAUGCUCUCGCAGUCUGAUCUUCUAGGCAGACUUUGUACUGUUAAUCCGCUAGACGUGAAACUAAUUUGUUCCUUCUAAUGCUUCGUUCCUAAGUAAUUUAUCUUCUACUUUUAAGUUGGACGACAUUGCUUAUAUAUUCAUGACCCACAUUUCUAUUUUCA